CACGUAGUCACGGUUUAUGAUGGCGGCGUAGCAACUACUACUAGAGUAAGUGAGGCCUCUUGGUUUUCGCCUGGCUUAAUGUCUUGAUUACCAAGUAGUAUCAACUUAUAGUUUAAUCAUGCCUCCGCGCUUCAAAUACAACCUGGAAGGCCUCGACCCCAAAGAGAAACAAGCAGAACAGAAAAGAAGAUGGCUCGCCAGACAGAUGGAGGAUCCUGAGAGUGCAGAAAGGAUCAGGGCACAGAAUCGCGCGAGCAAACGAGCUCAGCGACAUCGCGAGAAAAAGAAAAAGUUCAACGACUCGGAAUCUCCUGCCCAAAGUGCACAACCUCCUCGAUUUCGCAGAAAAAGGCCGUCAACUCCGUCUCCAGAAGUUCCCUCUGUUCAGCCAUCCACCCCCACAGUUCCCCGAUCCACAUUCAUCAACAACAACCUCAUAGACCCUGUACUCAGGAGCCGCGUACCACCCCGUCGUAUGGUAGACGCUAAUGUCAUGACCGAUCCACCUCAAUGCGUCCCAGACGGUCUCAACUUUGAAACAGCUGCGCCUAACUGUUACCCCCCACGCUCCGACUCGGAGUUAGGCCCGGAGCGCUGAGGAUCCAACAUUGUGUUUUGCAGUUCAAUGAAUUUGGAGGUUUGGUUCCAAGAACGACGAUACUUACUUACAGCUGUUUGCAUAAAUGAU